CCUCACUACCAUACCAAACUCAAAACACACCAAUUUCUAAACAAACACCACUCUUUUCACCCCACAAAAAAUGGUCACCAACUUUCUCCUGUUUAUGCUACUAAGCAUCGGCCCAACAACAACUCAACCCAUAAACCCACAAGAAACAACCGGCAUCAAUGGCGAAUGGCAACUCCUACACGAAAACAUCGGUAUAUCACCGACGCACAUGCAACUGCUACACAACGACAAAGUCGUUAUGUUCGACAGGACGGAUUUCGGCCCGUCUAACAUCUCGCUUCCUUUCAACCAUUGUCGAUAUGACCCUUUCGAUUCCGUGCUCCAAAAGGACUGCACGGCUCACUCGAUCCUUUAUGAUAUACGGGCCAACACCUUCCGUCCUUUGUCGAUACAGACGGAUACAUGGUGCUCGUCGGGUGCGGUUCUACCCAACGGGACCUUGGUUCAGACUGGUGGUUACAAUGAUGGGGACCAUACAAUCCGCACCAUGGUUCCGUGUGACGAUGGAACAUGUGACUGGAUUGAAUUCCCUGGGUACUUGAAAGAACGUAGGUGGUUUUCUACCGAUCAGUUACUACCGGAUGGACGGAUUAUUAUUGUCGGAGGGAGACGACAGUUUAGCUACGAGUUUUACCCUGCGAAUCCCCCGGACUACUUUACUUCUGUCAACUCGUCAUCUUUCUUGAUUGAUUUCCUCAGAGGUACGGCGGAUUGGGUAACCGAGAACAAUUUGUACCCGUUCGUUCACUUAUUACCCGAUGGAAACUUGUUCAUCUUUGCGAACGUUCAAUCGGUGGUGUUCGAUUACGAGCAAAACAAGGUGGUCAAGCACCUUCCGCCGAUCACCGGGGAUAAUCCUCGAAACUAUCCGAGCUCAGGGUCAUCGGUUUUGCUUCCUCUAGACGAAAACAAUCCAGUUGAAGCCGAAGUAAUGAUAUGCGGCGGAGCUCCACGUGACGCCUUGUUGAAAAUCAGAAGAUCCCGCAAUUUCUCCCGAGCUAUUCCUACAUGUGGACGCAUCAAAGUCAGCAACGAGAAACCGAGUUGGGAGAUGGAGACCAUGCCAAUUGCACGGGUGAUGGGCGAUAUGGUCAUUCUCCCAAACGGAGAUGUCCUGAUUAUCAACGGUGCAGGGUCAGGUUUAGCCGGAUGGGAAAACGCACAAGAUCCGAUUACCAGACCGGUGAUUUACCACCCGAACAACCCCCAAAAUGCCCGAUUCUCGGUGAUGCAAUCCACCACCAGACCUCGACUUUACAACUCGGCCGCCAUCUUGGUGACCGACGGACGGAUUUUAGUCGGAGGAAGCAACCCUCAUAUGUUCUACAACUUCACAAAUGUGGAGUUCCCUACGGAGCUAAGUUUGGAAGCUUUCUUACCGCCUUACUUAGCCCCAGAAUAUAAUCCCAUUCGGCCUGAAAUCGUGAAACUGCCAAGUAAAAUCAAGUAUAAGAAACCGUUAAUGGUGACUUUUACAGUUUUGAAGUUCUUAAAGCUAUCAAGAGUUACAGUAAGGAUUAUAGCACCAUCAUUCACAACUCAUUCACUGGGAAUGAAUCAAAGAAUGGUGGUGUUAAAAGAAGAUAAAGAUGUCUCAUUUGUAGGGGGGUCAUCCAACAAGACUUACACGAUCGGCGUGGUCGGACCAUCAACGGCUAAGAUUGCACCACCAGGGUAUUACCUAUUAUAUCUGGUUCAUGCAGGCAUACCUAGUCCUGGCAUGUGGGUAAAGGUUCAGUAA